AGCAGAGGAAAGAGUAUCAUGAGGAGGGAGAACCAGAGCAGCGUGUCCGAGUUCCUCUUCCUGGGGCUCCCCAUCCGGCCAGAGCAGCAGGCCAUGUUCUUCGCCCUGUUCCUGGGCAUGUACCUGACCACAGUGCUGGGGAACCUGCUUGUCAUCCUGCUCAUCAGGCUGGACUCUCACCUCCACACCCCUAUGUACUUCUUCCUCAGCCACUUGGCCUUCACUGAUGUCUCCUUCUCAUCUGUCACUGUCCCAAAAAUGUUGAUGGACAUGCAUGCUAAGUACAAAUCCAUCCCCUAUGAAGGGUGUAUUUCACAAAUGUAUUUUUUUUUAUUUUUUACUGACCUGGACAGCUUCCUUAUUACAUCAAUGGCAUAUGAUCGCUAUGCGGCUAUAUGUCACCCUCUUCAUUAUACCACCAUCAUGAGGGAAGAGCUGUGUGCCUUACUAGUGGCUAUAUCUUGGAUCCUGUCCUGUGCCAGCUCUCUUUCCCACACCCUUCUCCUCACCCAGUUAUCCUUCUGUGCUGACAAUGCCAUCCCCCAUUUCUUCUGUGACCUUGGUGCCCUGCUUAAGAUAUCCUGUUCAGGCAUCGUCCUCAAUGAGUUGGUCAUGUUCACAGUAGGGGUGGUGGUCAUUACCCUGCCAUUCAUAUGUAUUCUGGUAUCUUAUGGUUACAUUGGGGCCACCAUCAUGAAAGGUCCUUCCACCAAGGGGAUCUGCAAAGCACUGUCCACAUGUGGCUCCCACCUUUCUAUAGUGUCUCUGUAUUAUGGGGCAAUAUUUGGGCAGUAUCUUUUCCCCAAAUUAAGCAAUUUCAUUGACAAGGACAUCAUUGUGGCUCUCAUGUACACAGUGGUCACACCCAUGUUGAACCCCUUUAUCUACAGCCUUAGGAACAGGGACAUGAAAGAAGCCCUGGGGAAACUCUUGGGUAGGGCAACAUCUUUAUCACGGUGAUUUUGCGACAUUUAUUUAUUUAUUUAUU